AACGUCAUCACCGCGCGACAGGUAUAAAGUUGAGUGGGUUUUCCCUGACACAAUUCCCAGCCAUUUGGCUCCUCAGAAUUUGGGGUGGCUUAUGGGGGUCUUCGAGUAGUUCCCGACCGGCGGGCAGCAGCGGCCCGGCAAGAGUCCUUCGCUCCUGGGUGGCCCGCGCCCAGCUCUGAUAUCUUGGGGAUCAUCACCUUUACCUUAACUUCUGGCCACGGUCUGUCGCUAAGAUGAGCACCCGCCCUUGUUUUGACCCUGAACGUCGAGUCCGGAGCACGUUGAAGAAGGUCUUUGGGUUUGACUCUUUUAAGACACCUUUACAGGAGAGUGCGACCUUGGCCGUAGUGAGAGGUGACAAGGAUGUCUUUGUGUGCAUGCCCACAGGGGCAGGAAAAUCCCUUUGCUAUCAGCUCCCUGCUCUGUUGGCCAAAGGCAUCACCAUCGUAAUCUCUCCACUCAUUGCUUUGAUUCAGGACCAAGUGGAUCACUUGCUGGCUCUGAAGGUACGAGUGAGUUCCCUGAACUCUAAACUCUCAGCACAGGAGAAAAAGGAGCUGCUCUCUGAUCUAGAGCGAGAAAAGCCAGAGACCAAACUUCUGUACAUUACGCCGGAGAUGGCGGCUUCGGCCUCCUUCCAGCCCACGCUGAACUCACUGGUGUCCCGUCACCUGCUCUCCUACCUGGUGGUGGACGAAGCUCAUUGUGUUUCUCAGUGGGGGCACGACUUCCGUCCUGACUACUUGCGUCUGGGUACCCUCCGUUCCCGCCUGGCACAUGCCCCGUGUGUAGCUCUGACUGCCACAGCCACCCCGCAAGUCCGAGAGGAUGUAUUUGCUGCCCUGCACCUGAAGCAGCCAGUUGCCACCUUCAAGACUCCCUGCUUUCGGGCCAACUUGUUCUAUGACGUGCAGUUCAAAGAGCUGCUUUCUGAUCCCUACGGGAACCUGCGGGACUUCUGCCUUAAGGCUCUUGGACAGAAAGCUGGUAAAGGGUUGCUGUCCGGCUGCGGCAUUGUCUACUGCAGGACCAGAGAGGCUUGCGAACAGCUGGCCACGGAGCUCAGUUACAGGGGACUGAGUGCCAAGGCUUACCAUGCAGGGCUGAAGGCUUCCGAAAGAACACUGGUGCAGAAUGAGUGGAUGGAGGAGAAGGUCCCUGUCAUUGUUGCAACCAUUAGUUUUGGGAUGGGAGUGGACAAAGCCAAUGUCAGGUUUGUCGCUCACUGGAAUAUUGCCAAGUCUAUGGCUGGGUACUACCAAGAGUCUGGCCGGGCAGGCAGGGACGGGAAGCCUUCCUGGUGCCGUCUCUAUUACUCCAGGAACGACCGGGACCAAGUCAGUUUCCUGAUCAGGAAGGAAGUAGCAAAACUCCAGGAAAAGAGAGGGACCAAAGCGUCUGAUAAAGCUGCUAUCCUGGCCUUUGAUGCCCUGGUGACCUUCUGUGAAGAACUGGGGUGCCGCCAUGCUGCCAUUGCCAAGUACUUUGGGGAUGCGCCCCCCGCCUGCACCAAGGGCUGUGACCACUGCCGGGACCCUGUGGCCCUGCGGAAGCAGCUGGAGGCCUUGGAGCACAGAAGCAGCUGGAACAAGACUUGCAUCGGGCCUUCUCAGGGGAAUGGCUUUGACCCUGAGCUGUAUGAAGGAGGCCGCCGGGGCUAUGGGGGUUUCAGCAGGUACGAUGAAGGUUCUGGAGGCAGUGGGGACGAGGGCAGAGACGAGGCCCACAAGCGGGAGUGGAAUCUCUUCUACCAGAAGCAGAUGAGCCUACGCAAGGGCAAAGACUCCAAGACAGAAGAAUUUGUACCUCCAGAUGAGGACUGUCCCCUGAAAGAGGCUUCUAGCAGGAAGAUCCCCCGCCUCACUGUGAAGGCCCGGGAGCACUGCCUGGGGCUUCUGGAGGAGGCUCUGAGCAGUAACCACCAGGCCACAGGUCCCACCCAUGGUGGUUGCAGAUCUUGCAGUCCCAGGGGGGCAGGCUUCACCAGGACUGAGGGGCUGCCAGUGCCUGCUGGACAACCUGAUCUCCAGGCCAAGGCUGUGGAGCUGGAACAUGCCAUGUUCCGAAAUGCCAAGGCAGCCAACCUAUACAAGGCCAGCGUGCUGAAGAAGGUGGCUGAGAUCCACAGAGCCUCCAAGGAUGGGCAGCUCUACGACAUGGGAGAUGCUGCCAGGAGCUGCAGUGAGCCGGCCCGGCCCCCAGAACCCACCGAGUAUGACAUCCUGCCGGCCUCCCAGGUGUACUCGCCCAAACCCAAGCGGGUGGGAGCUGGUUUCCCCAGAGGCUCCUGCUCAUUCCAGACGGCCACUGAGCUGAUGCAGAAGACGUGCGCUAAGGAGCGAGCCCCCCAGCCCAUGCGGGGAAGUGAGCAGGGGCCCCCCAGCCAGCCCUGUGGCCUCCAGCGGGAGGGCUGUAGUGAGCCCCUCCCCGGGCCCGGAGGAGAGGCCCCUGGAAGCAGUGCUCAUUGUAGGAGGUCCUCCCCUGAGACGCUGAAAAGCUCCUCCACGAAGGCCGGUGCCAAGGCCCGGGCCAGCAAGCAGCAGCAGCUCCUAGCUGCGGCGGCCCUCAAGGAUUCACAGAACAUCGCCCGCUUCUGCCAGAGGGCCAAGAGCCCAUCUCCCCUCACCUCAGCCCCAGGGGCAGAAGGUGCCGGCCCUUCCUGUGAGGGAGUGCGGGGACCCCCAGCAGCCCCAGAAAAGUGCUCAGGAGAGGAGGAUGGAGCCCUGGGGUGUUCAGCUGUGCCCUCCCAGACCAAGGAGUGCACCAGGGAGAGGCCAAGAGCCUGCACACUCAGAGACCAGGACCCCCCUGAAGGCCAGCCCACCCCCUCAGAGGAGACACACAGGGGCAAGCGGUCCAGACCCCAGCAGGAGAACCCAGAGAACCAGGCUCAGAAGAGGCCUCGCCCCUCAGCUAAUGCCUCCAUCUUAGCCGAGGCCAAGGACAGCAUCUCGGCCAGCAAUCCGGGCAUCUUGAACCCCACAGUGCAAGAUUCCUGCCUUCUCCCAGCCCCUGGCAUCUCCCUCAAGGAGGCCGCAAAUGUUGUGGUCAAAUGCCUGACUCCUUUCUACAAGGAGGGCAAGUUUGCAUCCAAGGAAUUAUUUAAAGCCUUUGCCCGCCACCUCUCACACUCGCUGACUCAGAAGGCCUCUCCUGGAAGGAGUGUGAAGGAAGAGGCCCAGGAUUUCAUCAAGCAGUUUUUUCACGGUCGGGCCCGGUGCGAGAGUGAAGCUGACUGGCACGGUCUGUGUGACCCGCAGAGAUGACCAGCUCCUACCCGCUAGGGCCGGAGUGCCCCCCCCCCCGCCUCAGCUGUGGGCCAGCCUGGGCCUCACUCAGGAACAGGGAGGGGGGAAGCCUGCAGCCGUCAGGGGCACCAGCUUUGCUCAGGGUCCGUAUCUUCCAGCUAUAUUUGGAGAUGGCCCCCGUCACCUCCCAAAUCAAGGCCAAAGGCUGGAACUAGCUACUUUCUGCUUGCAGGGUCUGAGGGCUUCCUCCUCCUAGCCUCCCUGCCUCUCUCAGCUGGGUUUUCUGAACCAGAUCCCCAGAUUAGAAGGGGGUGGGGUGGGGGUGGUGGCUGCUGCCAGAGGAACAGGAGGAAAGAGUGGUCCCUCUGCCUCUUGUGGUUGAAUUGUAGGCCAGGGUGAGGCCACCAGUCCGAGGCCCGGGGCCACUUCAGGAAGAGUCCUGCUGGCCUUGGGUUCUGGGCCCACUAGCCCUUUCCCUCAUGAUGCCAGCUUCCGGCCUGGCCCCAGGUGCAGAGCUCGGGAGCAGGGGAGCAGCUGGGCCCUGCUCUCUGCUCAGGUCCUGGUCAGGAAGGCUGGGCUGGACAGAGACUUAGCAGAAAAAUAAAGUCCUGUUGGAUUUGAGACACACACGCCCACAAAACACGGCCUUUUUCUCUUGGGAGUUUUAUUUUCUAACUGUUUGCUUCCCCCA